GCAGCCGCGGCAGCGGUGGCACAGCGGCGGGCGGCGGAGGCACAGAGAGCUGGAGCUUGGACUGUCUCUAGCACGCCGGGGUACCAGCCGACAGCCGGAGACGACCCAGCGGAGGACGCGGGGGCCGGGUCCCUGCCUCUGUUGCCGCCACGGGGCGCUCCCUCCCUUCUACCCGAGUCCGGCCACCUGGUCUUCCUCUCGGCCCCGGCCACCGCAGGGUCGUCUCUGCUCCAACAAAAGAAGGUCUCACCCAAACCUCAUUCAAGAAAUUUAUCCGGAGGGAAGAAUCCAGGAGAGUGACUACCCUCUGUCAGGGUGGCAGAGGACAGCUGAACAGCCCGAACAGCCACAAGAUUGAACAAAAUGAAGCCAGGAAGCUUCUGGCCGCAUCUUGCCCUACUUGGGGUCUCCCUGCCGGCUGUGCUGGGAUGGAUGGACCAUGGAGCCAGCAGAAGCCCGAGUGUGGUUCUGCAAGAGUCGCAGGCAGAGGAAACCAGAGACUUUGAAGUCACAAGAAGAGAAGGUCUUCCCAGCCCUGGGCUGUCAGCCUCCUGCGGGAAGAAACUCUGCAGCCACGGGAGCAGGUGCUUGCCUGACAGGGUGACAGGGCAGCCCUCGUGCCACUGUGUGGAGGUGUGCAGGCCCCGCUACAUGCCUGUGUGUGGCUCCGAUGGGAGGCUCUAUGGGAACCACUGUGAGCUUCGCCGUGCAGCCUGCCUGCUGGGCACGCGGAUUGUCAGCGUGCACAGCAAGGACUGCUUCCUCAAAGGUGACAUGUGCACCAUGGCUGGCUAUGCUCGUCUCAAAAAUGUCCUUCUGGCACUCCAGAGCCAAAGACAGCUGCUCCAACAAGGAACCAACAGGCAGAGCCUCGCCUCCCAGAAGCGCCUCUUGGUGGAGUCGCUCUUUAGGGACUUGGAUACGGAUGGCAAUGGCCACCUCAGCAGCUUGGAGCUGGCUCAGUAUGUACUAAAGGAGCAGGACCUGGACGGUUCCCUGAAGGGAUGCUCAGCAGGUGAUCUCCUGCGAUUUGAUGACUAUAAUAGCGACGGCUCCUUGACUCUUGGAGAGUUCUACACAGCCUUCCAGGUGAUUCAGCUGAGCCUCGCCCCCGAGGACAAGGUCAGUGUGACCACAGUGACUGUGGGGCUGAGCACCGUGCUGACCUGCGCUAUUCGUGGGGACCUGAGGCCACCAAUCAUCUGGAGGCGCAAUGGGCUCACUCUGAGCUUCCUGGGCCUGGAAGACAUGAAUGACUUUGGAGAGGAUGAUUCCCUGUACAUCACCAAGGUGACCACAAUCCACAUGGGCAACUACACCUGCCAUGCCAUGGGCCAUGAGCAGCUGUUCCAGACCCACGUCCUGCAGGUGAAUGUGCCACCAGUCAUCCGUGUCUAUCCAGAGACCCAGGCACAAGAGCCUGGAGUAGCAGCCAGCCUUCGAUGCCACGCUGAGGGCAUUCCCAUGCCCAGAAUCAUUUGGCUGAAAAAUGGCAUGGAUGUCUCAGCCCAGAUGUCCAAACAGCUUUCCCUCUUGGCCAAUGGAAGUGAACUCCACAUUGGCAGUGUACGCUAUGAAGACACAGGGGCAUAUACAUGCAUUGCCAAGAAUGAAGUGGGCGUGGACGAAGAUAUCUCCUCCCUCUUCAUUGAGGACUCGGCUAGGAAGACCUUAGCAAACAUCUUGUGGCGGGAAGAAGGCCUCAGCGUGGGAAAUGUGUUCUAUGUCUUCUCUGACGACGGCAUCAUUGUCAUCCACCCUGUGGACUGUGAGGUCCAGAGACGCCUGAAGCCUACAGAGAAGAUCUUCAUGAGUUAUGAAGAAAUCUGUCCUCAUGGGAAAGGAGAUGCCUCCCAGCCUUGCCGGUGGGCAUCUGCAGUCAAUGUCCGGAACCGGUACAUCUACGUGGCCCAGCCAGCACUGAACAGAGUCCUCGUGGUCGACGUUCAAGCCCAGAAAGUCUUACAGUCCAUAGGUGUGGACCCUCUGCCAGCUAAGCUGUCCUAUGACAAGUCACAUGACCAAGUGUGGGUCCUGAGCUGGGGGGACAUGCACAAAUCCCAACCAAGCCUGCAGGUGAUCACCGAAGCCAGCGCUGGCCAGGGCCAACACCUCAUCCGAACACCAUUUGCAGGAGUGGAUGACUUCUUUAUACCCCCAACAAACCUCAUCAUUAAUCACAUCAGGUUUGGCUUCAUCUUCAACAAGUCUGACUCUGCUGUCCACAAAGUUGACCUGGAGACUCUGCUGCCCCUCAAGACUAUUAGCCUGAAGCACCAUGGCUGCAUGCCUCAAGCCAUGGCCCACACCCACCUGGGUGGCUACUUCUUUGUGCAAUGCCAACAGGACACCCCUACCUCUACAGGCCCACAGUUGCUCAUCGACAGUGUCACAGACUCGGUGCUGGGCCCUAACACUGACAUCACAGGCACCCCCCACAUGUCCCCUGAUGGACGCUUCAUCGUCAGUGUCUCCAACAAGGGCCCCUGGCUACACGUGCAGGAGGUCACAGUGCGGGGGGAAAUCCAGACCCUAUAUGACCUAAAAAUAAACCCGGGCAUCUCAGACUUGGCAUUUCAGCAUUCCUUCACUGAAGGCAAUCAGUACAACGCCUUUGCCACUCUCGACAAGGAGCCAGACCUGCUGUUCCUUGAGCUGUCUACUGGGAAAAUGGGCAGGCUGAACUUAAAGGAGCCACCCACUGGGCCAGCCUCACCCUGGGGUGGACCACGCAGAAUCCUGAGGGACAGCGGGCUCUUUGGACAGUACCUCCUCACGCCAGCUCAAGAGUCGCUGUUCCUAAUCAACGGGAGACAAAACGCCCUGAGAUGCGAGGUGUCGGGCACAAAGGGUGUGGCCACGGUGGUGUGGGUCGGGGAGGUAUGAAAGGGCCCUGUAAGGAACCUUGGGUCCAGGAGUACCACCUCAGUCCUGACACCACAACCCCAAACCAGGCGCACUGUACAUUUCACAGACAAAAAAAGCCAAACCCUGUACUUCGCUUUGUGGUUCAACACUGAUCUCCUUGCAAGUUCCCUAGUAUAAGGUACACGCUGCAACCAAGAUUGGGGGGUUCCAGUCAGAUGUAUGACUUAAUGCCUUGAGUUGUGACGAGAACACAUGCUGCUGUGUGCAAGGAAAUCAUCUCUGUUCCUGGCUGCACACCACGUCGCCUGGGGACACCACAGAACUGAGGGAUCCUGCUGCCCAGGCUGACACUUCCGUCGAUUGCCUUCACAUGGUCAUUAUCCUAACCCGCCAGCCCCAGCCAGUGUCCUGAGGGAGUGGCCCGGGGCAGCCCCUCUUGGUGGGCUAGCCUUCUACCCUGCUGGGGAUCUCACUUGCUCCUUCCUGGACGCUGCUUGCUUACUUUCCCAGCUGAGUGCUGCACCCCUGAGGGAGAGCCUCUGAAACUUACUACACCUUGGGGGAUGGGGAAAUCACUUGCUUUAUUUUGGAAUUUUUGAUUAAAACUAAUUUUUUUAUAAUCUCAAAUUUGAGGACACAGAAAGAUGCUCUCCAAGGUCCGGUUAUAUUCUUCCCUGCCUUAGGCCAAGUCUCUGAGGGAAGAGGGUCCCAGCCGUACAUCCCAUGUACAGAAAAAAAUAGACAUCCAAGAAAUAGCGGCCCUCCACACCAUUGUGUUGGCCCAAGUGCAGUCCAUAACUGCUGUGUUAAAAUCCAUGCUGGGACCUCAAGAGACCAAGCUGAGCCCCAUGUGCCUGCUUUUCACUAUAGAAAGGCAACACGUUAUUAGGGAAGCCUAGUUCACCAGCAGAACCGCAGACCCAGGGCAGACCAGGCUUUCCUGGGAAGGUGUAGGCAGCCUCUGGGCUCAAUGCCAAAAUCCAGAAGCCAUGAGUGCCAUCCAUCUAGAGUCCUAAGGCUGUAUUUCUGCAGGAGUGGUCCACACUGAUUCCUCAGCCCUUGUCACCACACGGCAAGAGAGCCCUUUUCCCUAAGUGUUUUCAUUCCCACACUCUAAUCUACACUUUCCAAAGUGCAGAGCCACAAAGAGCUGUGUCAGUCCCUCCUGUCUGCCUGUGGUCCCCUGCAGUAGGCUCUCAGGCCAUCAAGAAGAGGCACAACCCAGCCAGCCCGUGUCAGAGACUCUCAACAAAAAAGAAACCCCCACCCAGGUUUCCCAGAACGCUCCUGUCCUCUCCCAUGUCUGUGAUCAAAACUUAUUGGCUUUCUAGUUCAAAUGAUUAUUCUGCAAGUCCUACAGCAUUAAGACAGUGGGUCUACCCCAGACAUUUCAGCUAACUUAGUCACUUUUACCUACCAACAGUGGCCAUGACUUUGAAAACACAGACUGAACCUCACUCCCGCUUCCUGCAUGAGUGCUUAACCCCCAUUGCUCACUCCAGUUUCCUGCCGCUAGUCUGGCCUCUCCCAUAUUUCCUCUCUCUUGGUCCACUAAACUGUCCUGUACAGUCCACGGCAGUUACCUCUACAUGUGCUACCAUGUUUCAGAUUUGGGUAAUAGCAAGACACAGAGGUUGAAGAUGCUGACCUUAGAGGCCUAAUAGCUGGGUUAGAUGGUGAUACUUCUUACCCCUUUUUAUCUGCCUCGGUAUAUUGAUGUGAUUCUGGAGUCCCAUAUGUAUUCACUCAUCUCUUCCAAUUUUCACACAUUUCUCCUUUUGGAACAAUAGUGUCUGCCUCAGGCAGAAGACUCCCUGAGCCUCAAAGAGGCAGAGUAUCGUCUCCCCAAAGCCCACUGAGGCCAGGGUACCCACCCUCUUUGGAUGAAGUAUUCUGAAGUCAAAAGGCCAGUCCAGUCCCCAAACUGGAAGAAAGCAGGAGUGCCAUUUGGCCACUGUCCCCCAUCUCUGCACAUUCCUGGAAGGCACCCCCAGAUUUCUUUUUGUUCUGGUCAAGUUACUGGAGACAACCAGCAUAUGUCCAGGGACCUGCAUGCAAAUCCUCAUUAAAGCAAAAACUCAGAAACCUGAAGCCUCGUCCAGAUUUCAGUAGUCACAAAAGCAGAAUGGUUUACUGGCAGUGACAGCACAGUGAAGGCAGAAGACCACAGGGAAAUCUUUUGCCUGGCUUCCCCCUCCUUCACUUUGGGGCCAGAAGAGACUCAUGAGUCAAGUUUAAACCCUCUGGCAGAAGAUGGCAGCCACACAGUGAGCGAGUCUCCUGCAACAAGCCCAGCCUGUGGGGGUUGUUCUGAAGAACACAAAGAUUAACAGCCAAUCAUUUACCCAGAAAGGAUUGGUUUAACCAAGAAAAUCACCAGGAAAGCUGUUUACAUAAACCCCAUCCAUAGUUCUUAACAUUCAACUGUUCUUUUCCUUCCAGAAAACAAAUUCUAUGCACGCAUAGCUACUGGUUCUCCUUCUGCCCCAAAGUCCUCGCUCUUAACAUCCUACCCAGCCAUCCCAGAAUGCAUAAAAGAGAGCUUUCCUGCUUCUGACUGAGUGUGUGACCCUCAUGUCCAAACAGGCCUGAGGGUGGGCCACUCCCAAUAUGGUAAAGGAUCUCUUCAGUUCCCAAGCCACACAAUUAUCCUACUGCCUUCCUGAAUUGCAGGAGGAGGUUGGAAGAGGCCUGAAGUCAUGGCUAGGAUCAAAUGCUAAUGCCAAACUAGAUACUCUGAUGUAGAGAGUGAGCAUCCACCAAGGAAGGUGGUCCAGUCCCUCUGCUCUGUAACCCCCAAGUGAACUAGCUUCCCCUCAACCUGCUCUCUGUUCAGAAAAGGAUUCCCAACAGAAGGGAAACACCCCAAGGAGGCUGCUUGCUACCCCAAACAAAGCCAAGAGCAGCAGCUUGCUGCCACAGUGCAUGGGAACAAUGCAGGAGUUGGUUUUGUACAGCUGUAUCUUCUUGUUCGUCUGAUGACCAAUAACCUGUGAACUAAGGGAGAUCUCAGAACUGAGAUGUGAAACAGAUUCGCUCUGGAUAUAUUUUUGUACCACGGGCUAAAGUGUAGUUGCUUCAUUUUAUCAUGUGCUUCAUUCAAAUACCACUAAUGCUGAACCAUCUUCCCUAACAAGCACCACAACUUUCUCGAACCCUCCCCCCCCCUCCAGAAGCAAGCCUCCUGGGGGACUGCUGCCACUCCCCUCCCACCUGCACACCAAUCUACCUCACAUCUUCCUUCCGGGCACCCAGCACCCCCAGAACGCCACCCCAGGAGGCCAGAGAUGAUGGAAGACUACUAUAGUACUAACUCGGAAGUCCUCCAUCAGCCCCGCCCCAGUCCCACUCCAUGUGUGAUCAGAACCCUGGGACAGCACCUUGCUGUUGAGAAUCACAGCCCAAACCCUAGUUCCUAGUCCGACAGAGUGAGAAGCUGAAAAUCAGAGAGAGAGCUGGUGACAUUUCAUUUCAGCCCAGUCUCACACUAGGCAGUCUGCCCUCUCACCUUCUCCAUUAUCAUUCACUUUCUUCCUGGUUCCCUCCCUGUGUCCCAGGCCCCCUGCUCCAGAGUUCCCCUGUGAUGGCCCUCAUCCUUCAAGGAGCAACAGCGCUAUCACACCAGCUUCACGUGUCCUUUGCCCACAUGCCCCUUGCUUUGAGGGUUCAAAUGAGAAGUCACUCACAGACCAGAUGCUGCCAUUUGCUCUCAAGCCACCACAGAGGCAACAUGGUUUUGCUCAAGAACAUAACCGACUGCCUAGGUUUGGUUUCUCUCCACAACCAGAGAUGGUAAGUGGGAUACUUAAAAGAUCCAACAGGAGCAGGACACCACAAGAUGCCAAACAGCUGGUGGAAAGCAAGCCACUGUCUUGGUUGUCACACUGGCUUGAGGAUCUGGGUGUCUUGGCUGGGCCCAUGGGCUUGGGCAUCAGCUUCCCAGCAGAUACCUCGAGAUAAUAAGCAAGCAUCCACAUUCUCCUCUGGCUCUUUGGGCAUCUAGCUGGGAAGUGUAAUUUAACCACACACAAUGGGUGAAAUUAUGGGAUAUGUAAGGAGAGAAGAAAUGGACUUCCAGAAUUCACAGUGAGGCUUCUUCAGCUGGCGCCAGUACAUUUAGGAUGGUUUUUUCUUUCUACACAAAGUCACAGCUUAUGUACCCUUCUUUCCAAGCUCAACUUAAUGAUUAUGUUACAGUCCAUUUCCCACGGCUCACUCCCUCGUUAGUUCUUACCAUUCAUGGAGUACCAGCUUCCCAUCAACCAUACAGGUAUCACAUGGCCUCUACCCAUGAUGCCUCACUGCUUUAGCGUUCCAAUGAAAAGUCACUCGUGGCCUAGAAAGCAUGGCCCUAGAAAGCAUGACAACUCUUGAGAACCCUGCCUACAGCCCACAAAACCUUGUAUAUGGACUGGCCCCCCACACCAAGCCUUGGUGACAUGUUGCUCUCCACAGCUCACCUUCUGGAAAAAGGGAAACUGGCAGUGGCUUCGAGGUUCGGGGGCGGGGGGGCUCUUAAACCCUAAACCCACUGUCUAGAAUGCUAUCUCCAGAGAUGGGAGAGAAACAAGCCUGCAGGCGACCAGAUCCAAACCCACUGUGCCCCUGGUGGUAACUCCCCACAUUCAUACCCUCCUGCCUGCCUCCUCCACCCUCUCUCCCUGCCCUGGCUCCAAGGGCUCUUCACCUUCCCCAGUGCUGCUGCCCUGCUUCCUGAAGGCUGUGUAAAAUGACCCAAAGUGAAACUGGGCAUGAAGUUUUGCUGGAGUGGUCGCACACCGUUUCACGCUAUUGUGUCGCUGAAUGACCUUCAAGUUGUGGAACCCCAUGCACACCAUCAAGAGAGUCGUCCUUUCCCCACCUCAGAAAAACCCUUGGAUCUCUUACAUUGAGGCAGGCUACAUUCUUUUGAGCAGUUGUGUAGACUCCAAAAUAUAUUUUCUGUAAUCAGUAUUUCUCAGAAGGCCGCCUGUAAUUAUUAUACACAUGUGAAUUUUUUCCUUAUUUAUAAGAUAUAUAAAAAUUAUUUUUAAUACAUCAACUUUAGUAGAAAUUUGUACCAACACAGUAACAGUAUGUGGCAUUUGAAAUAAGUUUGUGUUUAUUUUGAUGUAUGACACAGUAUUGAACACAUGAUGUAUUUACUGUACCACUUGACAAAAAAAAAACAAAAAAAGACAGAUUAUCAUAAAGUA